AUGAUUUUGCGGCUAGUUGACGAUCUGUUUGAGAAAGGGUCAUUGAUGCGCAGCCCGUGCAAGAAACGAUCAGAGCAGGUUGUCCGUCGAGACACAAAACGUACAAUAACAUCUGGACCGGGCGGCGAGUGGAAAGUGGGGAACGGAGCCGUUGUUUGGCAGUGGAUCGUGACGGCGCGAGAUGCAGCUCAAACUGGAAUUGGCGCUUGUGGUCAAUUGGCAUUUUGUGUCCCAAGAGCCAAAAGCGAUCGGUGUGAGAGUGGUUGGCCGAUCAGAGACAGCAAGGCUGCGUUGGCCGAAGCAAACUUGGAGAACUGCCAGGACCAUGGCGGCCCAGACCGCAACGGCGAUCGGCCGCCAUGGAACUCUGGACAUUCGGUAACCAAGAAGGUCAAGGUCGACAGCUCGGGCGAUGGCAAGGCAACAUGA